UUAAAAUGGCCUCACCUUAUCUGACCCUUUUCUUGGGGCAAGCAACUGUUGCCUCCUCCUUGACCAAAAAGAAAGAGCUCUAAAUCUAAACAACACUGAACCAGAAAGCGUCCUCACCAAUAGGUUUUAAAUGCAAGAUCAGACUUGCAUUAAAUAUUCCUUUCUGGUGUUCUAUGUACGUCUCAUGCGUGCUUUUGACAAUUAGGCUGCAUAGCAAUCUUCCACCAACACAACACUGAUCAUUUCAUAAAUGGAAAAUUCACAGCAAAAAUGAAAAAACCCAAAAAGCCCAAGAAAGUGAAAAAACAAUACUUUUGCGAGUCGCCUAUUUAAGUGGUGUGGAGCUUUGUGGUUUUGCUGGUGUGAGGCUUUGCAGGUUCCAGUCUUUUGAGAAUUUUUGUCUCUUCUAAUUCUUCUUCUAAUUUUUGGUUAGUUUUGGCUGUGGAAAAGAUGAGUUAUUUGGGUGUUGGUGUUAGUCCUGGGAAUGUGCCUGUGUAUCAUGAUACCAAUUUGAAGGUUAUUGAUAGAAGGAUGAGGAUUGCAGAGCUGGUUUUGAGGUGUUUGAUUUGUGGCUUGGGAGUUCUUGCUGUCCUUGUUGGAGCAGAUACCCAAGUUAAAGAAAUAUUUUCAAUUCAAAAGAAAGCUAAAUUCACUGACAUGAAAGCUCUCGUCUUUUUGGUGAUAACAAAUGCGAUAGCUGCCGCCUAUUCCUUUCUCCAAGGAGCGCGUUGUCUUGUGGGUAUGAUUGGAGGAAGUGUGCUCUUCAGCAGGCUCUUAGCAUGGGCAAUCUUCUCAGGAGAUCAGGUGAUGGCUUAUCUAACUAUAGUAGCUAUUGCUGCUGCUACACAAUCUGCAGUGUUUGCAAAAUUGGGACAGUCUGAGCUACAAUGGAUGAAGACAUGCAAUAUGUAUGGAAAAUUCUAUCACCAAGUUGGGGAGGGAACAACAAGUGUACUUUUUGGUUAGUCUAAGCAUGGUGGU